AACGUAUAAUUUCUUCUCUUGUUUUUAUAACGCUUUACCUUAGUUUAACAGGAAAACUUCAUUGAUAUUUAAAUGCUUAAAAUACAGGGUUUACAUGGCAUGGAAAUUUUUUUUGCAGAAUAUUGCCUUGUCAGUAAAUAAAAUCGAAUAUUAGUAACUAAAUGAUGUAGUAACCGUACUGUACCCAAUUUCGGAUAUUUGAACUAUUUUUAAAUGCACUUUGAACUAGCGGUUAGAAAUAAACAAUCGGAUCAAAGUAAUGCUGUAUAGUGAUACUGAUAACGAAGAUUUUGAGCUUAACGACUUCGAAAUGUCAGACGAGCAAUCACUUUUAGUCCAGACUUCAGCAAGGAUGGGUCGUGCUCAAUAUAGCUCGGACUCUGAAAAAGAGGGCAGUAUUAAAAUAGAUACAAAAAUGGACCAAAAGGAAAGAAGCACACCAUGCUUUGUGUUUGUACUUUCAUUUUUCUCAGCAAUUAGUGGAUUUUUAUUUGGUUAUGAUACUGGUGUGGUCUCUGGAGCUAUGUUGCUAAUUAAAGAUCGUUUCCAAUUAACUUCAAUUAAAGAAGAAGUAAUAGUCAGUGUGACAAUAGGAUUUGCUUUUAUAUUUGCUCUAAUUGGAGGCUGGUUAAAUGACAGAUUUGGUAGAAAGAUGACAACUAUUUUAGCAAGCAUUGUGUUCACAGUGGGAGCCGUAGUCUUGGCUGCGGCUUAUCAGUUUUGGAUGCUGGUGCUUGGUAGGGCCAUUCUAGGCAUGGGAAUAGGCAUGGCGUCCAUGACGGUGCCAGUAUAUAUUGCUGAAUGUGCACCAAUGUCUAUGAGGGGCCGUUUAGUAACCCUCAAUACACUCUUCAUAACUGGUGGACAAUGCAUUGCCAGUAUUAUUGACGGUGCAUUUAGUUACGACAAAGAACAUGGAUGGAGAUGGAUGUUAGGCCUUGCUGCUGUGCCGUCUAUCGUACAGUUUAUCGGGUUUAUUUUCUUGCCAGAAAGUCCUCGUUGGUUGAUUGCUAAUGGAAAAAGUGAUACAGCUCGAACAGUUCUAGUAAACAUACGGGGGACCACAGACAUAGAAUCAGAAUUGGAAGAAAUCGAGGCAACUGUUGAAGAAGAUAGGCUGGAAAAAGAAAAAGCAGGUUCAAAUGUAUUUAUGAAGAUAUUGAGGACUCCGCCUGUAAGGAGGGCCCUCAUUGUGGGGUGUGGCUUACAACUUUUCCAGCAACUUUCCGGUAUAAAUACUGUCAUGUACUACAGUGCCACUAUAAUCAAAAUGUCAGGUGUCCGGAAACAAAGUGAUGCAAUAUGGUUAGCGGCGGCCACAGCCGGUGUAAAUUUUGUGUUCACUAUAGUGGCAUUGUUCCUUGUAGAGAGAUUGGGAAGAAAAAAACUCAUUAUGGGAAGCUUGUUUGGUGUAUUGCUGAGCUUGAUAGUUUUGGCAGUAGGUUUCCAGUUGGCAGCCUUCCAUUCCCCACCCAUUUCUUGGUCAGAAGAGGGGGAUAACUCUUGCCAUGGCUACAACUAUUGUGAAGAGUGUAUAGAGAAUGUAGAUUGUGGAUUUUGCUACAAUGACUAUGGUCAGGGCGUUGUCAAUGGAUCAUGUCUACCUAAAGAUGGAGAUGAUUCAAGUCAUUCUAAAGUGGGACGGUGUAAUGCUACGACAGGGGAAGAACCGGAUCUGAUAUAUGCGUACCAGUAUUGUCCGACAGAUUACUCAUGGAUGGGAAUUGCUGGCCUGGCAAUCUACCUCAUGUUUUUUGCACCAGGUAUGGGACCUAUGCCAUGGACUAUCAACUCAGAGAUCUACCCUCUAUGGGCAAGAAGUACAUGUAACUCGUUAGCUACGGCAACUAAUUGGCUAUCUAAUCUAGUUGUCUCAAUGACAUUCCUCACACUUACAGAAACCAUCACUAAAUAUGGUACAUACUGGUUGUUUGUGGGAAUUGUGGUUAUUGCAUUAGUUUUUAUGGGAAUUACAUUACCUGAAACCAGUGGGACAAAAUUAGAGGAAGUUGAACUGUUGUUCUCACAACCACUGUGCAGUUGUUCGAAACCCCCACCCACACAUCACGAGGAGCACACAAAAUAUGUGGAAUAGAUACAAGAUAAUCUCUUCUCUAUGUAAAUUACAUGGAAAAAAUGUGAUAAACUUUACAGAGCAAAAUAUGACAGUGUUAGGAUGAAUUUUAUGAAAUAUCUUGGAUAUCGUCAAUCUAAUUAAACCCAGUUACAAAAUUAUGCUAUGCAUUAGGUUCUGACAGUCACCAAUAGAAGGUCACCUUCUUGUGACCUUUCAAUUAAGGAAUUUGUGGCCACAAUGGUGUUCUAUAAAGUCAUGGAGCUAAAUAUAAAUAUAUGAAUAUCUGUGAUAAAGUAGAUCAGUUUCUAUUUUUUAAAACCAAGAAACCAAGAUAGGUGUAUGUGAUUAUCAAGAUAUCAUAUAUUACCAGUGGACAAAAAAUGGGGGCAUCUGUGAAUGAGUGCUUACAUUCCAUACUAGUAAAUGAUAGAAUUGUACGUCCCACAUAAAAUAUUUUCAAAAUAACUACUUAAAUAAUCUUAGUAAAAUAGAAAAGACUUGUCUGACUUCAUGGAUGAUGAGGUAUUAUUUAAAAUGCUUCGCUGUAACUGUUGAUUUGAUUGGUUGGCUUAAAAUAACUUUAUUAUAAAAUUUAAGUCCAUUAGAAGAGUAAACACAGAUCUACAUGUAAACAUUAAGAAGAUCUGAGCUUUAGUCAGACUGGAAUACCCUGCUCCUUGUCGUUAAAUUGGCAUUGAGCUUUUAACAUAUAUUUGUAUUUGAAAUAUGAAAAUUUUAAGACAUUUAAAACAUCUUUAGAGAAUAUUAACAUGUAAAUUGUUUUUAUUCGAAUGUUAUUUGAUUUUUGUUUUUUGGUUGUUUUUUUUUCUUGUUCAGGAAUUUUAGUUGUGUUUAAGGCAGAGUGGUCAAGAUUGUUGUCAGCUUCUUCUUCUUCUUUCUUAUGAUAAAGCUAUAUUGUUGGCUGAUGGAAUGUUGGUGGUUCUACUCAUGUGCCCAUUUGUGCCUGAAAUAACGCACAAAGGGGAACUGGAGGUCUCUCCACAAGUAAAGGUGGAAAGUCACCAAAUGACCUAUACUGUGUUGGUGUGACAUAGAACCAAACAAACAAACAAAAAUGAAUUAGGAAUAAUUCUGUUUUAUUCAUUAGACAACGAAAACUGUGAUAGAUUUUUGAAAAAAAAAAUUUUUUUGCUUUAUACACAGUUUGUUAAAGAAAUAAGAGAUUAAGUGCCUUGAUAUGAACUUAUUUUAUAUAAUGGUGCCUUUAGUGAAUGUAUGACUUUAUAUUCAUUUUAUUUUUUUAUUUGUUUUCCAUAUGACUGUAUUAGCUGACAAUGAAAAGGCCAAACUAAAAUGAAUGACAUGUACAUUUGUACACUGUAUUUCUCAUUGUCAAUGACAUUUCAUGUGUUUUUCAUUACCUUUUUUUAUAAAUAAUAUAUUUGUCUAGUCAGAUAUGGGGGAAAGUGCAAAAUAGUCUGGAAAAAAUAUAUAUGUAAGGUGUAGCAAUAGUUAAAAUAUGAAAAUUGGUAAACUUAGCAUUCUGAAUAGUUGAACCAGAGAGAGAACUCUGUCUCAAUGUUAGGUGAGUGAAUGUAAGAGUUGUCUUCCUUGAUGUUGUAUAAGUAUGUGCCAUGCCUUAACCUGCUGAACUGUUUAAAGCAGCAUGCCUCCAGAUUCGAGCUAAUUUUCAUGAAAAUUUAGAAAAUCAUUUAAAAUUUAUUAAAAAGUAAAAUAUUGCGAAUUGGACAAUGAAAAUAAUUUUGACAUUGCAAACAGCACUUACAACCCAUGUUAAUUAACUAAAAAGAGGUCACAAUAUGCAAAAAUUGCCCUGAGUGAGCAAGGCAGUAGAAAUUUGGUGAAAAAAACUGCAAAUUCGUUCAUACAUCAUACAUAACAUCAAUAUUAUUACUUUCAUCUUGAAUCUUUUUUCUUGUGUUUAAAUCUCAGUACUUUUUCCUCAAGUUUGAUUUUCUUGAAAUAUUUUGCAUCGUCUGGAGGUAACAGCUUUAAUAGAUUUGCUCAGCUUUUGAAGCUUUGUAAUGGAUGUCACUAUAUAAAUACAAUUAUUGAGCCACAGUUCCGAUAGUUUGGAGGCUAGUCAGUCUGUACAGAAUGUGCACACUGGCCCAGCUUUACAGUUGUGGCAAAGGUUUCUCACUUUUUCUGGUUCCAGCACUUUAUGGGUUAAGUGCAUUUAUAUUUUUGUACUAAGUACAUAAUUAUAUAUUGCUAAGAAUUGAUAUUUUCAUGUGUUAUGAGGGAUAUCUGUUUUAAUGUACAUGUGGUUUUUUAUAUAAGGUAGAUACAUUAUUUCGAAAGUUUAUAUUCUCAUUUAAUUUCUGAAAAAAAAUGUUUGGCCUGUGAUUAUGUGCAAAUUCUACCCCUCUGAAGUUCAUGUAUAAUUGAAAUAAACAACAUAUAUUCCUAUUAUUGUUAGUGAUUGAAUUAGAAAAAGUAUGAUAGAAAUAACAAAGUUAACCCAUGGUUAUGAAUAUCAAUUGCACUUCUAAAUAUUUACAUCUUUUUAAACUGUACUAGCAAUUUAAAUACAUGUUUUUCUAAAAUUGAUUCUUUUUAAAUUGUUGUGCAUUCAUGUACAUUCAUGACCUUAAUUUGAAAUUAAUGAUACAAGUUUAAUGCUUUUUUGAUCGCCUUUAUUUUAUUUAUGAACAUGUAAAUGUGCAGGUUGUAACAGUAAGGGAAAUGAACACAUUUAUAACAUAUUUAUUCAGAUUUACAUUCAUGUAUAUUUUCAUGCCUGUUUUAAACAUCUUGUUUGUAAAAAUAAAGUUUAUUUUAAUAAAAAAUACAUUAACGUC